AUGGCGAAGUUCGGUGAGGGAUAUAAUGUGCUUGUAGUUGGAGCUGGUGGCAUUGGAUGUGAACUAUUAAAAAAUUUAGCUUACAGUGGCUUUAAGAAAAUCUCUGUGAUUGAUGUUGAUACAAUUGAAUUAAGCAAUCUUAACAGACAGUUCCUAUUCCGAAAGGUCCACAUCGGAAAAUCUAAAUGUGAGGUUGCUUGUGAAAGCAUUAAAAAGUUUAGGGAUGAUGUUGAACUAACCCCAUAUCACAGCAGCAUUUUCUCCUUUUACUUCGAUUCUGAGUUCUUCAAAAAAUUUGACAUUGUGUUUAAUGCUUUGGACAAUAUGGCUGCUAGACGACAUGUUAACCGAAUGUGUGCAAAUAUUAGUAAACCGAUUAUUGAAUCGGGGACAUCUGGCUACUUGGGUCAAGUUGAGCCUCUUAUAUACCUUAAAGCAAACGGGAAAACUCCUCAGUCGCUGUGCUUCGAAUGUACGCCAAGAUUAAAUGAUAAACGGUCUUAUCCAACUUGCACCAUUCGAAAUACCCCUUCGGAACCAAUUCACUGCGUUGUUUGGGCAAAAUUCCUAUUCAAUCAACUUUUUGGAGAAUCGGACUCUGAGGAUGCAGAUAUCUCCCCAGAUUUUAACGACCCAGAAGCUAAACUUGAAAGUGGAUCUAAUGACCUACUUGCUAAGGCAGGAGAAUCGAAUCUAUCGUCGAAUAGUCCCAGUAAUAUAUCUCUAUGGUCUAGAGCUACUUCUGCCAUGAAUGAAACUCGCCUUACUUUUGAAGAAUCCCUACUACUUGUCUUAUUCAACACGGAUAUUAAGGUAUUGCUUAGUAUGGAUAGUCUUUGGAAAGAUCGUCCAGAUAGAAAAGAACCAAUUCCACUGGAGGAAACGUUAAUUAGGGCCGCUGAGUCACAUUCUGAAAUAGAUUCUGUGGAGGGGGCUGAAGUUCCGCGGGACCAGAGAAAAAUGUCACUUCGAGGUUGGAUUAAGAUUUUUAUCACCAGUUGUGUUAAUCUUCGCAAGAAGGCUGGUUGUGAAGAUGCUUUACUUCAUGAGAAACGCAAACCGCUCUCCUGGGAUAAGGAUUUUAAAGAUGAAAUGGAAUUUGUCGCAGCAGCUUCCAUUAUUCGUGCUUUCCUUUUCCAUGUUCCCGGCGCUGAAAAUUUAACCCUCUUCUCAACAAAAUCGCUCGCUGGAAACAUUAUUCCCGCCAUAGCAACUACUAAUGCUAUCAUUGCUGGUGCGAUGGUACUGCAAGCUCGAAAUGUUCUCGAGGGCAGAACUGACUCCGUCCGUACAGUGUUUCUUCAUCGUCAACCAGCUGGUUUUGGACGUUUUUUGACAACAUGUAGACCCGAAAAACCCAAUCCCAAGUGUUUGGUGUGCUCGGACGGCCCAACACAGGAGAUUCGUCUCUAUUGCAGUCCAGGGGAGAUGAAACUUGUUCAAUUAAGGGAUGAAGUUCUGAUUAAGCACUUGGGAAUGAUUGCACCUGAUGUACAAAUUGAGGGUACUAGUACUAUUAUCAUAUCAUCCGAUGGCGAUGAAACGAAAGAUAUUGAGCAAAAGACGCUGCAGGAUUUCAAAAUAAGUGCUGAUGGAUUUCGUCGUCUAUGUUGUGACGACUUCCGACAGAAUAUGACGUUCUUCUUGCGCAUUUUGGACAAAGAACCAUGUCGUGAUGAGGCUGCUUUUCGUAUUGAAGGGAAUUUCGAUACCCUUAAAGUUGAUGAAUGCGAGAAGCCAAAAUCACCAAAGAACACGGACUCCCUCUGCCCAGUUAAAACUGGAGUCAAACGCAAGUUGGAUUGUGAGCAAGAAGGCACGAUCAAUUGUGAUGAAGAGGAUUGUGACAGUUUAAUAGUUAUAGACAGUCCGGCGUCAAAAAGGUCGCGGAUUGAUGAUGAUAUGAAUUCGAAUUCACUGAAACUCGCGACCCAUGCGCUGGAUGUUAUGCACAGCCUUCCCCCUACCGAUCCUCUUUCGCUGGCGAAUGCAGGUGUCAGGCAACCAUCGGAACAGAUUCGCGAUCAAAUCGAUUCGAAGCCCACUAAGUUACCUCCUUUAUACGGUGAAUAUGUUGCUAAAUCUUGGAUUGAAACUCACAAUCAAGUGAUAUACAAGCUCUCCAAAGUUCGAGAGCAAUUGAUAAAAUACAUGGAAUCUUCUUGUCAAACUAACGAAACAAUAUCCCCGAACAAACCGUCAGAUAACCUGCCUGAAAUGAUGCUAAAAGGAAUUCAGGAAGGAGUUAACAAUAUUUGCCAUCUUGCGAGGAAACUGGAAAAUAUUGAAAAAGCCAGUCAAGAUAUCCAACAAGCAUCCGAACAAUUAGCUUUCAUAACUCUGAACGAGGAAAUUUCAAGGUUGAAUACUAUUCGAGAAGUGUCACAAAAUUGUUGUACCCAUUUAUCAAUGGUUGGAAAUCGACUUACUUUGGCUAUAUUUAAACCGGAUGUUCAGAGAAUUGAGGCGUAUAGAAAGUUGGCAGAGGAGGCCAUUCGUAUUGCUGGCCUGAAGCCCGUAGUCUAUCGCGAAUUCCACAUGACUCGAGAGCGCGCCGAAUUUUUCUACUUCGCUCACCAAGGCAAGUUCUUCUACGAUCGCCUUGUUAAUUAUAUGAUAUCUGGACCAAUCGGUGUAUACGUCCUUAGUGGUGAAUCGGCGAUUACCAAAUGGCGAGAGCUCAUUGGCCCCCCUAAAGUUUAUAAAUCCGUUAUAUCCCAACCCAACAGCCUUCGUGGACGAUUUGGGUUAACGGACACUCGAAAUGGCUUCCAUGGGUCAGAUAAUGGUGUCAACGCAGAAGACGAGAUUCUCUUUUUCUUCCCCACCUUCGACUUUGAAGGGGUAUUGAGGGAGCUCAAAAGUUAA